ACGUCAGAGAGCACGGGAUAAGAAGAAGCGGGCAUCCCUUCAUCGCCACCGACGUCGUCGUCAGCAGCUGAAGUAGCUGUGGAGUUGAGGCCUUCUUCCACCUUUCAUGAUUGCCACGACCUUCCACAUCACCUUGGCCACUUGUGCGUCUCUUUUCCUACUUUUUGCCUUCUACGACACGUCCACCGCCAUGUUUCGCACGGGCUAUCAACGAGGAACGACGGCAUUUGCCUCGCCUCCUGCUUCUUCUUCGUGGAUGCGUCGUCUCACCACCAAGGGCUCUGCGGCUACGGCAACGUCAGCCUUCACUUCCGUCGGCCGCCGUCCGUCUUGGGGACUCCUCUCUGCCGCCUUUCUGGUCAGCUCGUCGCACCGUGUCGCCAGUGCCACGAAUCCCUCCGCUGGCUUUUGCAGCAGCUCUGCCAAUAAGCACCCUCUUCCUCCUUUUAUCCCCGCACAAACGUGCUUGGCAGCACACGCACCGGGAGGCGCCGACGGUGUUUCAGUUGCACCGGCUCCAACUUCCGCGUCCCUGGAGGCCGUUUCUUCUCCCACUGAGAAAAAAAAACUCCAGCCCAAGUACCGAUCCUCCUACCGACAGCCGGAUUAUUGGAUCCGGCAUACCGACCUCCUCUUCCAAAUCGUGCCCGAUCCCGACCCCGAGGCCCCUGCUGGGGCGACGGUGACGUAUGUGACGUCCACGCUGACCGUGGAGAGGAACGCCGACGGCGGUCCGUCCCCAGGCAUUCCGAACUUGGAACUCGAUGGGGAGGAGCUGACCCUGAUGGAAAUCAAGGUGAACGGGCAGCCGCUGCCAUGGGACGGGUCCGCCUUUUUGUUGACAGCGGAGUCAGAUUUGUUGGUUCUAGGCAAGACCAUCGAGGCUGCGUCGGCGGGGAAAGGGGACUUCACCCUGCAGACGCGGGUGCUGAUCCGGCCCGAAUCCAAUUUCGAGCUGUCAGGCUUUUACAAGUCGGGGAGCGCCUACUGUUCGCAGUGCGAGGCGGAGGGUUUCCGGCGGAUCACGUACUACCUGGACAGGCCGGACGUGAUGGCCCGUUUCAAAGUCCGGAUCGAAGCCGAGAAAUCGAAGCUGCCCCUCCUCCUCUCGAACGGGAACAAGAUGGCUACGGGGGAGUUGGACGGCGGGAGGCAUUUUGCCGAGUGGGAAGAUCCCUUCCCCAAGCCCAGCUACCUGUUUGCAGUCGUGGCGGGGGACUUGGGCAGCAUUGUCGACAGCUACAAGACCAUGUCGGGAAGGGACGUGCGUCUGGAGAUUUUCAGCGAGCACGAGAACGUGGAUAAGCUGGAGCACGCCAUGACCAGCCUGAAGAAGAGCAUGCGGUGGGACGAGGAAGUUUACGGCCUCGAGUACGAUUUGGACGUGUACAACAUCGUGGCGGUCAACGAUUUCAACAUGGGGGCAAUGGAGAACAAGGGCCUCAACGUCUUCAACACGGCCUUUGUCCUGGCCAAGCCCGAGACGGCCACCGACACGGACUACGAGCGCAUCGAGGGCGUGAUCGCGCACGAAUACUUCCACAAUUGGUCGGGGAACAGGGUCACCUGUCAGGAUUGGUUCCAGCUCACCUUGAAGGAGGGCCUCACGGUCUUCCGAGACCAGCAGUUCAGCGCCGACAUGGGUUCCGCGGCCGUAAAACGGAUCGAGGACGUCCGGGUCUUGCGCGCCCGCCAAUUCGCCGAAGACUCGGGGCCCCGGGCCCAUGCGAUUCGCCCGGAGUCCUACAUGAAAAUGGACAAUUUCUACACCUCCACCGUGUACGAAAAGGGGGCUGAGGUGAUCCGCAUGUACCACACCCUGUUAGGCGCGGCCGGCUUUCGGAAAGGGAUGGACCUCUACUUUGCCCGCCACGACGGCUCGGCUGUGACCUGCGAUGAUUUCCGUGCUGCCAUGGCCGACGCGAACGGCAAGGAUUUCUCACAGUUUGAACGCUGGUACUUGCAGGCUGGAACGCCGGUGGUGACUGCGAAGGGCGCCUACGAUGCGGCCCAGAAACGCUACAGCCUCACGCUUUCUCAGCACACGGCGGGGACGGUUGGCCAGCCCAGUAAGCUCCCCUUCCACAUUCCUGUGCGGGUGGGGCUGCUGGGAAAAGACGGUCGAGAGCUAGUGCCCUCGACCGUCCUGGAAUUGAAAGAGGCCUCUCAAACGUUUGAAUUUGAGAACGUGGAGGGAGGCACGCCCGUCGCAUCCUUGCUCCGAGGUUUCAGUGCCCCUGUGCGUCUCAAAGUGGAGCAGAGCGACGAAGACCUGGCCUUCCUGAUGGCACAUGACACGGACUCUUUCAACCGAUGGGAAGCCUCCCAGAAGUUGGCGAGUCAAGCGAUUUUGGCGGCGACAGAGGCAUUGGCCGGGGGCGGCACCCCUGCCCCCCUGGCCCCCACCACGGUGGACGCGUUCCGAGCCGUGCUCAAGGCGGGUUUGGACGACACGGGCGUGGACAGGUCGCUCCUGGCUUACGCGCUGUCAUUGCCGGAUGAGCUUACCUUGUUGGGUGAGAUGGACGUGAUGCGACCGGUGGCUUUGCACGAAGGGCGCGAGCACGUGAAGAAAAGCUUGGCUGCGGCAUUGAAGCCGGAGUUUAUGGACGUCUAUCAGGCCCUGGACAAGGACGUGCCAUAUCUGGUCACCCCGCAGGAGAUCGGCCGUCGUCGGAUGAAGAACGUUUGUUUGUCGUACCUGUGCACAGAAAAGGAUGCCGGAGCCGUGGCGUUGGCAGCCUCGGCAUUUCAACGCGCCACAUGCAUGACGGAUAGCAUUGCCGCCUUGGCCUGCCUGUCCUCGUUGCCGGGGCCCGAGAAAGACGAGGCAUUGGAGAUCUUUUACACCAAUGCGAAAGGAGACCCUUUGGUGUUGAACAAAUGGUUCUCCAUUCAGGCCCUGGCCGACCUUCCCGACACCAUCGACCGGGUCCACGCCCUCACGCGACACCCUGACUUCAGCAUGAAGAACCCGAACCGUUUCCGGGCUUUGAUUGGGGCAUUCGCCAAUUCCAAUCUGGCCCGUUUCCAUGCUGAGGAUGGACGUGGCUACGUCCUUGUUGCGGACAUGGUCUUGGCCGUCGACAAAUUAAAUCCUCAGGUGGCGGCGCGUUUGGCGGGUGCAUUUUCCUUGUGGCGAAAGUUCGAGAAUACCCGUCGAAACAUGAUGAAAGCUCAAUUGGAUAGGUUGAUGGCCGUGGGAGACGGCUUGUCAAGGGACACCUUUGAAAUUGCGAUACAAGGUCUGGAUCGGAGAGAGGUUCAAAACUCUGUACAGGCGCAGGGGCGCGUGAGCGGUCUCAUCAAGGAACUGGAAGCUGCGAAAGGGAUCCUGAAGGCCACCACAACCCGGGAAAUCAAUGGAAAAUGGCGCUUGCUUUACACCUCAAGCGACAGUACUGCCUCUCCCAUUCAGAACACUUUUGUUGGCAAUAAGGCCUUCGCGGUCUACCAAGAGAUAGACAUCGCGCCUUCAGCAUCCUCCUCUGCGCCGGGGACCGUCACCAACAUCGUCGACUUUGGUGGUGCCAUCGGGGCCCUUAAUGUCCAAGCAUUAGCCAGCACACCAUCACGACCAAUACCCAAUUUCGUCCCUCGACUAGGGGACGGGAGGUUUUUCGGCCUGAAUAUCUUGGGCAUCAGCAAAACCGAGGUCCCUCGGGACAGCGACCCGGACGAUCGCAUCGACUUUAAGUUCGACAAUGCUGGCUUUGACCUGGGCUUACUGCCCUUUCGCAUCCCCUACCCCGUGCCUUUCCGCCUGCUCAACGACGAGGUGAAAGGCUGGCUUGAGGUCACCUACUUGUCGGGGCGGCUCCGGGUCUCCCGGGGCAACAAAGGGACUAUAUUUGUGCUGGAGAAAGUUGAGGAAUCGUAAUCGAGAAGGCAGAUAGCGGCAAGCCGUGUGCCUCGGUUUGGGUGCUAGAAGAGGUCUUUUGUCUCUGUCAGUGCAAGGGUUGUAACUUUGGGCAUGGAUGUGGGAAUACCGAGGGCUGAGUAAGGAGACGCACACCUGUCAGAAAGCAUUUUACAUUUACAUUGAUU